AGAAAAAUGCUUGAAAUGUGGGAAGAACGAUGGAGAACUGUACUCCGUCAUACCUUCACGACUCAAGUCAGUGUACUCAAGAAAUCCUUCUUUUCAAACCAGCUGGAUAAGAGGAUGACAUUGUACCCCUAUUUAAUUUCCCUACCUCCAGAAGAAUUUGUCAACAUAAUGAUGCAGGAAGUACAAAGACUGGCUGGUGGAUCUGUGUCAUUCUCCCUCCCCAAGUUUAUACUUUACCGUCAACUUGGGGAGUUGGUGUUUAAACGCUAUUUGGUGCAGUAUAAGAAGAAAGUUGGUGUGCUGGAUAUACUCCGAAGUGUUUACAAGGACUAUCUUUCUUGGUAUCUUGACAGCAAUAAGAAAGAUGGCGUAACAUACAUUCCACGUAUACGGUGGCAGGAGUUGAAUUCUAAGAAAUACAGUGGUCUUAGUUUAGAACAUGGGCCGGUGGAGUGGCCUGUGCCAGUGCAAGUGGCUCUCGGCAAGUUCAUGUACUCAAUGAUACUCUUGAAAGUGACGGUGUGGAGCCCUCUUCAUUCAGAAAAGAAUGCAUAUCCAGCUGUGUAUGAAGUAGAGAGGAUGAAGGGUUAUCGUACAGUGGACAACAUCAAGCCAUCCCCAGCUCUAGUGGAGCUCUUUCAAAAAGCUGCAAAGUCUACACUGACUUUUGAGUCAAUGGUGUCACCCAUGUUAUGCCCUCCUUUACCAUGGGUCUCCACUCAGCUGGGAGGCUAUCUGCUCAUUAAUGCCAAGAUUGUCAGGUUGCCGUAUAAUGCUCAUCAGCAAAAGCAGCGAAUGGCAGAGUGUGGUAACCAGCAGCUGUACCCUGUUAUGGACUCUCUCAACCAGCUGAGCACCAUACCUUGGAAAAUCAAUAAACCUAUCCUUGAUAUUAUUAUUAAGCUGUUCAAUGACAAAGGCUGUGAAAAGUUGAACAUUCCACAGCCGCCCUCUCAGUGCCCAGAGCCUGGGAAAAUCCAUCCUGGUAUGAAGAGUUCUGAGGCUCACAAGACAUAUCGACAAUGUUUGGAGUACGAUAAGAAAAAGAAUGAAAUGUACUCACUCUGGUGUGAUGCAUUAUACAAACUUUCUCUUGCAAAUCAUCUUCGUGAUCGUGUUUUUUGGUUCCCUCACAACAUGGACUUCCGAGGUCGUGUGUACCCCUGCCCUCCAUAUCUCAACCAUUUGAGUUCAGAUGUAUUCCGUUCAAUCCUACAGUUUGCCAGAGGAGAGAAGCUUGGACCUAAUGGCUUAAAAUGGCUAAAGUUACAUCUGAUAAAUCUGACUGGCUUUGUCAAGAGAAAAGCUUUGAGUGAUCGCUUGAAGUACUGUGACGAAGUAAUGGAAGACAUAUUAGACUCUGCUGAUAAGCCUAUGACUGGUAAACGAUGGUGGGUUAAGAGUGAUGAACCUUGGCAGACACUGGCAGCAUGCAAAGAGUUAGCAGCAGCCCUCCGAUGUGGUGAUCCUUCAAACUAUGUUUGCCAUCUGCCGAUUCACCAGGAUGGUUCGUGUAAUGGUUUGCAGCAUUAUGCUGCUCUUGGCCGUGAUAAGAGUGGAGCUAUAUCUGUGAACUUGGCACCCAGUGAAGUACCACAGGAUGUAUACUCAGCUAUAGCAGCAUUGGUAGAGAAAGAGAGGGAGAUGGAUGCUGCUGCUGGACAUAAGAUAGCACAAGUAUUGGAAGGUCAUGUGAAGCGCAAGGUUAUUAAGCAGACGGUCAUGACUACAGUGUAUGGUGUGACGCGUUACGGUGCUCGUCUUCAAAUAGAAAGACAACUGAAAGAUUUAGAUGAUUUUCCUCCAGAACAUCAGUGGGCUGCCUCUCAGUACCUCGUUUUCAAGACUUUCCUCUGCCUGGAAAAGAUGUUCAUAGCAAUCAAGGAAAUUCAGAACUGGUUUACUGGCUGUGCAAAAAUAGUGUCUGAGUGUGGAGAAAAUGUUGAAUACCUGACACGUUUGGGCCUGCCAGUGGUUCAGCCAUAUAAUGAAUUCAUUGGUGACAGAGCAUCAGUAACAAAACUACCUGUAUCAUUCACCAUGGACUCUUACAUGAAGCCUAAUAAGAGGAAGCAAAAGAAUGCCUUCCCACCAAACUUCAUCCAUUCCCUGGAUUCCUCACAUAUGAUGUUAACUUCACUGUUCUGCCAACAAGCUGGCAUUACCUUCGUCUCUGUACAUGAUUGCUUCUGGACCCAUGCUUCCUCAGUUGACAUCAUGAGUAAGAUAUGCCGGGAGCAGUUCAUUGCCCUACACCAGCAGCCCAUUCUUGAGGAUCUCUCCAAAUUCAUACAGAAGACAUUCAGAUUAUCUGAAAGUGAUAUUGGCCAUGAGAACGCAGCUCUGGAUUCUCGCAAGAAGAGGAUCAUCAACUUUGUCUCCAAGAUACCACCCAAAGGAGAUUUUGACAUAAAUAGUGUUCAUGAUAGUUUAUAUUUCUUCUCAUAACUGUACAUAUAUAUGUAGAUAUUCUUCAUUAUCUUUGAUCAGGUUGUGGUCAUCUGUGUUAGGUAAAAAUGAUUCUUGUGACUGAGGACAAUAGGAAGUUUUCUACGUAACCAUCUAUAGGUGAAAGUCUGAAGCUCGUAUUAGCUUUAUUAUUACAUCUGAAUUUUUGUAGAACCAUUUAGAUAUAUAAAUUCAAGGUCUCAAGGAAUGUGCUGCCAGUAGUAACAGCCUGGUUUACCAGGCAAGCACAAGCAAAGCCAAGCCUAGCCCAGGGCUAGGCUACAGGAGUAGGAAAACUCUUCAAACCUGUCAAAGGUAUAUCAGAAAUAAGGUUGAGCUCCAGAGAGAAAAUGAAGUUUAAAGAGAAAAAAUUCUUUUCUUCAGAGAGUUGCUUGUGAAUAAGUCAAAUUUGUUACUAAUUAGAAAAAAUUGCAAUGAAUUUAUCUGAUUUGUAAUAUUUAAUUUGGUAAUGCUAUAUGUUCACUAAUUUAAUUUGUAGGUUAUCAUUACAUUUCUCUUUCAUUAUGUCGACAUUGUGGCUUUGGCGUCAUCCUGUAUCUUGUGUGUAAUGUUUUAUGCUGUCAUCAGUAACACAAACACUCUCAUAACUUGUGUCAUACAUGUCUUUUUCAUUUGUCUUUCUUCUGUCUCAUUUUUCUGACCUCAUUUGUUUUGACCUUGGCAUUAUUCAAAAUACAGUAUACACACAUUUCACAAAUUUCAAGUUUUGUUUUGUUUACAUUGAGUUUAUCAUAUACUAAGCUCAUGCAAUAGCUGAAGAACCAUGGUGUUCUUGUGACCAAUUUAUUGAGUGAUGCUGUUUAGUUGCCAUUUGAAAAAUAAUGUUAGGAUGUAAGUACAGUGGAGUGGACCCCCGGUUUACAAUAUUAUUUAUUCCAGAAGUAUGUUCAGGUGCCAGUACUGAACGAAUUUGUUCCCAUAAGGAAUAUUGUGAAUUAGAUUAGUCCAUUUCAGACCCCCAAACAUACACGUACAAACGCACUUACAUAAAUACACUUGCAUAAUUGGUCGCAUUGGGAGGUGAUCGUAAAGUGGGGGUCCACUGUAUUCAGAUUAUUAUGCUUGGCUGCUCCAAAUUAUAAAUAUGUAAACCAUUUUAUUGAUUGGUAAAUUUUCGCUUGCUAAUAUAUAGAACAAAACUGU